GUGAAUUUAAAUUAUGACCUUGAAGGCUUCUUCUUCUUUCCAGAUUAACAAUAAUCUGUUUAUUUUUCUCUUAAAAAAUAUUCUAAAUCCAAUAUUGUCUAUAAAUAUUCACAAUUCUUAAUAGUGAUUAAGCUUUUUCGACCCUCCAAGUUAAUUGUGAAUCGGUUUAAAUUGAUUUCAACUUUUCUUAAUUGUUUUUAUCUUUUCGCUUCUCGUUUUCAUCUUUUGUUCAUAUUUCCCUCUAUCUUUUUCUCUUUCUCUUUCUCUUUCUUUUCUUCUCUGUCUUCUCUUUCUCUUUGUUUUUUUUUAUUCUUUUCUCUCUUUCUCUCUCUUUCUUUUUUUCUCCCUCUCUUUUAUUCUUCUUCUCUCAUUCCACUUUCUCUUUCUCUUUGUCAUCGUAGCCAUCGCUCCGCUCUUUCAUCAUCUGUCACUGGUCUUUCUAUUUAUCUCUCUCUUAUUUUGUUUACUCUCUUCUCUUUCUUUUCCAUAACAUUGAAUCUUCCCUCUUCUCCUCGGAUUCUGUUUCUGAUCCAUGUUAUUUUCUCAUCUUUCUCCACCUUUUCCUGUCUUCUUUUCUCUUUCUUUUUUCUCCUACUGCCUUAAAUUUUAUUCUCAUCUAUUUCUCUUCACUGUUCUGGUUUAUUAUUACUUUUACCAUCCGCUGGAUUUAACCAUUGAAUCGGUUUUCUUCAUUUUCUGAUUCUUCCUCUCCCUCUCUUUCUCAUCUUCGUUUCUUCUCUUGUUUUUAUUUGCUCCUCUCUCUUCUCCUGACUUAAGGUGUCUUGAGAUUUUCAUUUGGACGCCUUGUUUAUUCUGUUCAAGGGAGAGAGAGAGAGAGAGAGGAUAUUUGAUCUUCUUUUCCACCGUGUGUGUUUGUGUGCUCAUCUUUUAUUCAAUUUCGUGAAAAAUGAGUGUUAACGAGUCAAUCAUGUUCGACCACAUUGGAGGUCUGGAUCAGCACGUUGCUUCUCUCAAAGAAAUGAUUCUAUUUCCACUCCUUUAUCCCGAAGUUUUCGAAAAAUAUAAAAUUAAUCCUCCUAGAGGUGUUUUAUUCUAUGGUCCACCUGGUACGGGUAAAACAUUGGUCGCCCGAGCUAUUUGUAAUGAAUGUAGUAAUUCUGGUGACCGAAAAGUGGCCUUCUUCAUGCGAAAAGGUGCUGACUGCUUAUCUAAAUGGGUUGGAGAAUCAGAGAGACAAUUGAGAUUAUUGUUCGAUCAAGCCUACACCAAUAGACCGUCCAUUAUUUUUUUCGAUGAAAUUGAUGGUAUCGCACCAGUCCGAUCUUCUAAUCAAGAUCAGAUUCAUUCUUCCAUUGUUUCUACCCUUUUAGCUUUGAUGGAUGGACUUGAUGAUCGGGGUCAAGUAAUCAUUAUCGGAUCUACCAACAGAAUUGAUGCCAUUGACCCGGCACUUCGUCGUCCUGGUCGAUUUGAUAGAGAAUUUUUCUUUCCCUUACCAGCCUUAGAAGGACGUAAAGAAAUAAUUAAAGUACAUACGAAAGAAUGGAAUCCACCGUUAUCACCACAAAUGAUUGACGUUUUAGCCGCUCGAACUCCCGGCUACUGUGGUGCCGAUCUCAAAGGAUUAUGUACCGAAUCUGCUCUUAUAGCUCUUAAGCGUAGAUAUCCGCAAAUUUAUACCUCUCGUAAUAAACUUUUGCUCAACAUUGACGAGGUACAGAUAAAACUGAGAGAUUUCAAUCGUGCCAUGAGGAAGAUCGUACCAGCAUCACAACGAUCAAUCAAUAAUUUCGCUCGUCCUUUAUGCUUCACCGUAAAACCAUUACUUACAGUUUACCUUACAUGGUCUAUCGAUGUUAUCAAUAGUAUUUUUCCAGCGGGUCUUAAAAAGGCUAAUGAAAGUGGAAAUGAUGGAGACUCUGGUGACGUUCCGAGUGAUGAAGAUGUAGAUGAAAAUGAUCUACUUGGAACACUUAAUUGCUCACGAGAUGUCAACUUUCGAUCUUUAAUGUGGAGAGGAAACUAUAGACCGAGAUUCUUAAUCCAUGGUCAUAGAGAUCAAGGUCAAUCAACUCAUUUGGGUCCUGCAAUUCUACAUCACUACGAAAAAGUUCAUCACUGUAAACUCGACUAUUCAACUAUAUAUUCUGUCCAUGGUCGAACUCCUGAAGAGUCAAUAUCAGUUGUUUUCGCUGAAGUGACGAAACGUUUACCAUGUAUACUUUACAUGCCACGAAUCGAUCAUUGGUGGGUUUCCUUACCAGAAACCUUAAGAAUCUUUUUAAACUCCAUGAUUGACGAUCUAGAGCCACAUCAACCUAUUCUUAUUUUAGCGACAAGCGAUACACCAAUAUCUGACCUACCAGAUGAGAUUCAAUCUCUUUUUGAUAAAAAUCGUUACACAACCAAAGUAAUGGAAAUGUCUAAUCCAAGUCGAGAAGAGCGUUUAUCUUUUUUCGCUCCUCUCUUUGAGCAAUAUAUUUAUCGAGAGCCAGUUAAAGUAGAAGAUGCAUCUCCCAAAGAAAUCUUACCUAUCGCACCGCCAACACCACCUCGUCGAUUAAGUACCGAAGAAUUGGGUAAAAUACGUAAACGAGAAGAAGCUACUUUACGCGAAUUACGUCUUUUCUUGCGCGAAUGUUUGUCUAAAUUGAUAAGAGACAAAAGAUUUCACAUGUUCGUCCGACCAGUUGAUCUUGAAGAAGUUCCUGAUUAUCGUCAAGUUGUUAAGAAACCAAUGGCGCUAGAAACUAUGAUGGCCAAAAUUGAUACUCAUAAAUAUGAAAGUGCUUCUCAAUUCAUAGAUGAUGUCGAGCUUAUUUGCUAUAAUGCUCUAGAAUAUAAUCCUGAUGCAGAUUCGAAUGGACGUAUGAUUCGCCAUCGAGCUUGUGCUCUUCGAGAUACAGCCAACGCUUUUAUCGAAGCGGAAAUGGACUCGGACUUUGAACAAUUAUGUCAAGAUGUUUACGAAAGGAGAAAACGUCGAGGUGAAAGGUCAAGUCUUUUCGCACCACCAAAUUAUCUGACGGUCUAUACACCAUCAGCUGUAAGACGAUGCGUUGGAUCACCAAUUCCAGGAGGAUCGACGACAAGUUCAAAUGUAGCUGAUAACAAUUAUAACUGUGAUGAAGACACUGAGGUUGAAUCUUUAGAUGACUUUUCUGAAGAUAAAGUUCAAAGCUCAUCUGAGUCAAUCUCAAAAGACCACAAUUAUCGUACCAAAAGGCGUAGUCGUAGAGGUUAUCAACACCGAUGGAAGAGGCUAAAGGUGAAAGAUAAACGUUACAAUGGAGUAAUUACCAGGAGAAUGUGUAAUAACAAUGAUAACAAUAAAAAAAGUAGUCCUGAUAGUCGAGAGAGUAGCAGGAUGAGCACCAGAAGCCAGAACACAAGACGAGGUUCAAGGGAAAGUUAUUAUGAAUCUGCAACUGAUCUUGAUGAUGCAUCUGAUAUGGAGGAGAAAAUCGUUCCAAGGUCAAAUAGUUACAAAAAAUUUAAGAGGUCAAGAUCAUCAUCGAAACAACAAUCACCACAACCACUACAACGAACUCCUCCACAGCGUCGAUCACCUCAACCGCCACCACCACAACAACCACCUACACCACCACCACAACCUCCUCCUCCUCCACCGCCAUCACCACCGCCUCAACAACCACUACCAGAUAAAAACUUUACCCCACCAAACACACCACCGCCACUUCAAUUAAAUAUUGAUCGUGUACAAGUUUCUCGUAUAUUUAAUCGGGUUGUCGAUUCAACCAAAAAUUGUUCCGUUGAACAAUUAGAAGAAGUUUAUUCUUGUCUUUUCCGUGUAAUGAACCGUCGUCUAAAUGAUUGGAAUCGAGCAAACAUGAUUAAGGAGUUAAAUGAAGAAGUGGAUACAUUUGAACGUCAUAGGAGAUUCACAUGACAAUCAAACGAAUUAGAUUUUAAUGAAAGCUAAUUAAGCUUUCAAAAUGGGCAACAAGAAUUAACCAAUUGUUAAUUUCUUGACCAUUUGACGUUUUCUUUGCUCAAAUCAAUAUCAUGUUCCUGAUUGAAUUGUCAUCAUUCUAUACAAAAUUCAACUCUGAAUUUAUGAUGAGCUUUCUGUCUCCCUGCCAAAUGAACAUUUUCUUGAUAAGAUAUCAAAAAGUUACCAUGAUUAUCUGUCAACCAACACUGCCUAUCAAAUGAUAAUGAUUAAAAAGAAACAAGAAAACAAUCAAGAUUAUUGACCAGAGAGGAUUAACAGCUAUCAACAACAAAGCAAAGAAUUAGAGAGAAAACCAAUCUUAAAGCAGAAAAUUCUCAAUUACAAUUGAAUGUGUUCAACAUAUAAAUAGAUUCAUCUAUUCAUCAAUACUUAUAUGAAUAUAUUAAUUGGUCAAUUAAUAACAUUAUAUACAUAUUAUUAUUUAUUUAUUUUGUAAUCAAUCGAUUUAUAAUCUUAUCUUGUAAAUUAAGAUUCUCAAUUUUAGUUGCAUCUAAUCUCGUCAAUUUAAGGAUUUUCCGUCAACUAAAAAGAAAUUGAGAAAUUUAAUAAGCUAUCAAGCCAAUCAAGUAAUUGCUGACCAAUUUGAUUGGAUUAACAAGCUGAUUAACAUCAACUCUCCCAAAUGGAAAAAACAAUCGCUUAAUUAUUUGUACCAUUAUCGUUGUAUUGAUCAAACAUUGUAAUCGAGCUAAUUGUGAUUUUGAUACUGAUGAUACAAAAUGAAUUUAUCAGUAACAAAGCAAAAGAUAAUUAAGAAGCAAUUAAGUUGGAUCAA